AUGUUAGCAGAUAUCAGCAGCAAAGUAAUUUAUGUAAUCGGCACAACAGCUGUUGGGAAAAGUAAGCUUGCUAUGGAUAUUGCAAAGCAUUUCAACGGAGAAAUAGUGUCAGCUGAUUCUAUGCAAAUAUAUAAAAAAGCUUCUUUAAUGACAGCUAAACCUUCAAUUCAAGAUAUGCUAGAAAUUCCACAUCAUCUAGUCGAUUUUGUCCCAAUUUCAGAAAAACAGUUCACUGUCUGUGAAUAUCAAAAUCUUGUUUAUAAAUUUUCUAGUAAAAUAUUUUUUUGAAAAUUUUAAUAUAAAUUAUUAACUUUUUUCCUCAGAAAAAUCUUGCUUUAAAUGCAAUUCAAGAAAUCCAAAAACGAGGCAGACUCCCAGUUGUGGUAGGUGGUACAAUGUAUUAUGUGGAAUCUCUGCUAUAUGAUCGGCCUUUUAUCAAAGAAAAUUAUGACUUAGAUUCUUUUGAGAACGAUACAACUGAAGAGCUGUAUAGAAAACUUGAAGAAGCUGACCCUGAACACGCAAAAAAGCUUGCCCCUCAAGAUCGAAGGAGAAUCCGGAAUGCUUUAAAUUAUAUUUUUUCGUCAGGAAAAUUGUAUAGUGAAAAAAACACAGUAUCAAAAAUUAUGCUUUUAAAAUUAAAUAAAUAUUCAGUUUAAAUUCUAUUUUAUAGAUAAUUUAUUAUAUUAAAUUGAUUAAUAAAGUAUAGAUUUCCAGAAUCAAUAAUUAUUUGGCUUAAAUGUGAUAAAAAAAUACUCGAACAAAGAGCAAGGGCAAGAAUUGAAUCAAUGAUAAAAGAAGGAGGGACACAAGAAAUCAUUGAAAUUUUAAACGAAUGCGCCACCAAUGACUACACAAGAGGAGUUCUCCAGUCUAUCGGCUAUAAAGAAUUCGAGCCUUUAUUAACUGAAGGUGAAAAUUCUCUGCCAAAAUGCAUUGACAAUUUAUUAUUAGCGACCCUUCAAUACUCCAAAAAGCAGCUAAAAUGGAUAAAAAAUCGAUUCCAGCCUUAUUUGAAUAUGAAUAUAAUAGAUACUACAAGUUUCAGCAAUUGGGAAGAAAUUACACAGCAAGGGAUUGAAAUAGUUCAAAGCUCUCAAGGUAUAGGCAAUAAGGAAAUAAUUUUAGACAAAAAAGAGUCUUUUUGGUGUGAAGCCUGCAAUGUCAAGAUUUUUGGGAGCGAAAAAUAUGAAAUUCAUUUACAGACGAGGAAACAUAGAAAUAACACAAGAAAAGAAACAGAGGAUGAUGAAGAGAUUAGGGUUUGCGAUAUUUGUAAUAAAAGUGCAAAAGGAUUGAGACAGUGGGAGUUUCAUAUAAAUUCAAAAAAACAUAAAAGAGAGGUAAAGAAAAAUCAUUGUGAAUAA